UAACACUGACAGUCGGUGUUUUGUAACAGCCACGGUACGCCUGGCAGGGCAAACGGUCUGUGUUUGUUUCAGGAACAGAACAUGGUGGAUUUAGCGAGACAAGCUUUCAGUACGAACAAUUUUGGACUAGCUGCUGAAAUAUAUGAGAGAACUAUCAAGGAAAAUGGUCCGAAAAUGGAGUUAUAUCUCGGGCUAGCGGACAGCUUCGCCAGAGGAGGCCACUUUCAGAAAGCUUUUGAAGCCUAUUCACACGCAUUUCGAUUUGGAAAAGUGAAGCCCGAGAAGUUAAAACAUUUAGUGACAGGGCUGAUUGAAACUGUGAAACAGGAUACGACAAAUCAGAAUAUGAACAAAAAGUGUAUGUUCACGUGUUGGUUGUGUAGGAGCUUACUGUCCGAUCCCGUGACGAUACCCUGCGGUCAUACAUUUUGCCGAAAGUGUUUGAUGAAAGACUCUUCCAAGGCGUGUCGUAUAUGUGGAGUUGUGCAUUAUAGACUGAAGGUGGCCAGUCUGAAGUCUAAUAUACUUUUGACACAUGUGAUAGAAAAAUGGUUUGUUGACGAGUGUGAGGCAAAUAGAUUGAAAUCGGAGGGCAAUAAUUACUUCGAAUUGAGGGAUUUUCCAAACGCUAUUAUUUAUUACAGUAAAGCAAUUGAACUUGUUCCAAAGGAUCAUUUACUGCUGAGCAACCGUUGCUAUGCCUACUUCCUGUUGGACAAAGCUGCUGAGGCCUUGCAAGAUGCAGAUAAUGUCAUCCGACUCAGGCCAGACUGGCCCAAGGGGUAUUUUCGUCAAGGUUGUGCUUUGUAUGGUUUAAAUCGGUAUGAAGAGGCUGUGGUGUCCUUCCUACAGUGCCUGGCUUUAGAUGCUACAGUUGCUUCUGCCAAAGACUAUCUAUGCAAGAUCUUGCACAAGAUUUUGUCGCAUCUGCCGUCAGAUGACCCAAAGAGUCUUGUGCGUCAACAGUAUGUGAAUCCGAGCAUUCUGCACAAACUGAUAUCCAGCAACUUCGAUACAGCACAGCUCUUCCCCAACCUCACUGUAUCCACAAUACACCACCUCCAGAGUAUCAUCAGUGAAACCAUCACGACAGCCGAGAACUUCAGCGUGUCACCGGGACCUUCACCUUCAGCUGCACAGGCUGGCUGCUGUGAACAGGAAGACGCCUUUGACUUGGAUACGGGUAGAGAAGCGGCUCACACAGUCAUUCGUUGUCAUCGGCUGAGAGAUUUGAGCAUCCAGUCUGUCUCCAAUGGCAGCCUUCCAGAUGUUUCCGUCACAACCUGCUCCAGAAAACGGUCUCGCAAUUUUUCUGGACAGUGUCCAUCAAGCCCCACGCGGUCCUCCGAACUCAAGUACAUGAAACCAGACUCCCUACCAACUGCUGCCAGCUAUAAUGACGCUAAGUACAUCCCCCAAGAACUGCUGACCGUGGAGGACUUUGAAUGUGGCUUGUGUUAUCGGCUGUUCUACGUUCCAGUCACCACGCCCUCCGGCCAUGUUUUCUGUCGCCAGUGUCUCGAUCGCUGUCUGGAUCACACCACCAGCUGCCCACUGUGUAAAAGUUCUCUUGUUGAGUACCUGGCAGAGAGGAGACAAGCUGUGACGGAAUCGGUGCAGACAAUCCUGGAAACAUACUUUGACCGGGAGUAUGAGGAGAGAAAGAAAACACACGAAGAGGAGAUAUUAGAGCUAACCAGGAUGGGAAGCGAUGUAAAGCACGAGAUUCCAGUGUUUGUGUGUACACUGUCCUUUCCCACAAUCCCCUGCCCUCUCCACAUCUUCGAGCCGCGGUAUCGCCUGAUGAUCCGACAGUGCAUGGAGUCUGGCACGAGGCAGUUCGGCAUGUGUGUUGCCCUGGGAGAUGACGAGAACAAUUUCUCCGACGUAGGCACAAUGUUGGAGAUUCGUGAUGUGCAGUUUUUCCCCGAUGGGCGUUCACUGCUGGACACUAUCGGAGGCCGAAGGUUUAAAGUGCUCGAGCGUGGUCACCGAGAUGGCUAUAACACGGCCAAAGUGGAGUACCUCAGUGACCAGAAGGUGGAAGGAGAGCAACUCACAGAGCUGCAACAGCUGGAGGAAGAAAUGUACACUCUCUCCAAGAGCUGGUUUGACGACCUCCCAAGUAUGCACAAGCAGAGAAUAGUGAAACACUUUGGUGCUAUCCCACCAAAAGAUCCAGACCCACAGGCUUCCCCGAACGGCCCGAGCUGGCACUGGUGGGUUGUGGCCGUCCUACCUCUUGACCCCCGGGUCCAAAUGGCAUUGGUGACCAUGGUGUCAUUCAAGGAACGUUUGCUUGCAAUUAAGCGUGUUUUAACAUACCUCAAGAAGAAAAGUGGCAAAUGACUAGGGCAUCUGGCAAUGUUUCUUGAACAUCCUUUCUAUAUUUUUGUAUCAAUAUCUUUGAUGCUUUUAUCUAUUGCAGUAGGGUUGUCUUAAUUGUUGCUAUGACAACCCGAUGGACAAAUCUGCAGGCAGAUACAGUGAUAUAUUUAGCAUCAUUGAAGAAGUUGUGUGAUAUUGUUGAGAUUGGUGCAGCAAAUUUAUACCUGCAUAGUCAGAAGAAACUCAGGUACCUCUGGAUCUACCUGAAAACUCUCAUAUAGCUGAGCUACCACAGUGGAUUCUCUUUGUAUGUGGUACGGAGACAUGGUGAGAAGAUACGUUUACAUACUCUUGCCCUGUUCAGCAUUGUGCCACGGAGUCGGAACUACCAUAUGUUCGAUAUUUUGUGAUUCGUUACACAGAACUUUAUUUCCGACAAAUCAAAAUCAUACGAAAGACUGUAAUUCUCCUGUACUGAAGCACAAAAGAUGUGGAUUUUUGUCUGUCUUUCUGAUGAUUAUACUGGACAUGGAAUAGUCAGCUGUUAUUGUUGUUGAUCUCAGUCUGUAUUUAUUUCUGAUUCAACGUCACUGUUGUAGCCAGAAAUGUGACUCGCACAAUCUAAUGUAUGUUAUGUUCUCCAAUCUCACUGAAAGCAGAGCUAUUGUUCCAACACGAUACCAAAUCCCUCCAUGGAAGUUCGCCGAACACUAAAAGGACUUUGAUAACAAAAUCUAAAUCAAUAAUUUUGGCUUAUUAUGCCAGUAAGAAAUCUUCUUUUAAAAACUCCGUUUUAUCUCUAAACCACAUUAACUUGGAAAGUUUGAUUUGCAGAGAAACAUUAUUUGGUGGUACUACCUUUAACAAAUCCCAUCGAUGUAAUGACUGCUUUCAUUAUUUACAUGCAGAAAUAGACUUUCAGGUUCAUUUUUGUGAAACAGAAAUCACUUAUCGCUCUGAAUAAUUUGUUCACUGAUACUGAGAAAUUAGAUUCCACGACACUGAUUUCUCAGGAGAUUCUUACAUUACUACCAAGUCGAGAGGUAUCAUUGGGAGUAAAUCUUGUGAUUUUAGUGAGAUUGAAACUUUUCCCAGAUUCACCACAAUGUUAAGUUUAUAACUUAAUUAAAAAAAACAUACAAAUCUAUCCCAACCCUUGUACAGACAUAUACUUUAUAUAUUAACAGGGCAGCAUUAGAAUUUAACCUAAAUGCUCGGAAGUGGUAAAUCAGGUUGGAACAAUGCAUGUUACCAUGGUUACAUAAGAGCAUCAUUGUUAUAUGAAGUUCAGAUACAAGAAAUUGAGGUGUCAGUACACUGAUAAAUGGCCUGUUAAUUUGUACAAUACCUUUAUUCAUAUACCAGGUGGCUGUGCACAAUAAAUUUCAGUGCAUUC